AACUCAACACCAGCUCGCAUACAAUGGAUUCAGACGAUAGAGACCACGAAAUGGCUGAUGCCCCCCCAGUGAGUGCUUCGAGCGAAGUAAGUAUUCACCUCAUCCGCAAGAAAGUCCAGGGUAGCUGUCUUCCAAGACGUCUCACAACGUUUAGCCAGCUCGCCGCCCAAAUGACUUUCCACGCUCCUUCAGCUUCCCUUUCAAAGUUUCACAAGAUUGUCACUGACCAUGAGUCGCUGCUCUGUAGCAACCAAAUGUAGCUCAAUCCAGCUCACACUCAAGUCCGAAUGCCUCUUCCCCGCACCCCGCUCCUACAUCCAAUGCCCCUACGAACGCAGACACAGCAAUCGGAAGUCUAGGGAUAACCGACCCCGAAGAUCCCUUCUUUGUACACUCUUGCAAUUCUGCCUCUUUCAAAUAUAAAUAUCCCCAGGCAAAACCAACGCCAGAGGGCGAGGAUGACACCGUCUGGAAUCGAAUUUACACAGCGGCCGAUUCCCGCAUGUACAACAAGCAUCAUAAGUCUGCCAACGAGUCUCGAAAAUACCGCGACUCGGGAGAGACACGUACCCUCGCGCUGCGCAUGCUCCUAGAGAAUAAGGAAAAGCAUUAUAAAGCUGUUGCAGCAGCUCUUGCUGGUGGCCAUACUUACAUGCCAAAGGCAGCGCAGAAGGCAAAGUCGCCAGCUGUGAAGCCCGAGCCCAUCAAGAAGGAGCGAUCUGAGGAGCUCUACGAUUUGGCGCCAGGCGCUGUACCUAUGAGUAUCUCAGAAAAGAUCAAGGCCGAAGGCCGAAAAAGAAAGGUCCCAUCAGCCCCUUCAGACACAAGUUCAUCUCAGCAAGGCACACCUGCUCCGUCAACAACCCAAAAGCUGAGCAGUCCCGCACCUAAAUCUGGUAGUCCCGCGCCUACAAAGAUGGAUAAGCCACCCAUACCUAAGAAGAAGGGAAUUGCUGCUCCUGUCAAGAAGCCGGCUCCUAGGCGACCCAAGACCGAGGCAGAGAAAAAUAGUACUCCUUCAGGUUCCGUCCGCCAGUCGCCAGUUGGAAGCCCCGAAAGUAACGAUGGUGGGGAGUAUUGUAUAUGUCGUGGACCAGAUGAUCAUCGCAUGAUGGUCUUUUGCGAUGGAGGUUGCGAAGACUGGUACCAUUGCUCUUGCGUUAAUAUUGACGAGGACGACGCAAAGGAACUCUUGGACCGAUACAUUUGCCCCAAAUGCACUACCAAUGAACUGAAAACUACGUGGAAGCGAAUUUGUCGAUAUAUCAACUGCGAUAAUGGCUGUAGGAGGGCUGCACGGGUGAACGAAAAUAGCAAGUAUUGUAGCGAAGAGCAUCUCAACGCGUUUUUCGAGUGGUGCUACAACAAACUUCGUGGCGACGAUGCGCCAUCAAUGGGAGGUGCCUUGAACCGACAGGAGGUCGCGGAUCUUCUGACAUCCAUUUCUACCGCUGAAGAACUUCAUAACUUAGGGAAGAAGCCGAGACUUUCGAUAGAGGAAGGCGAUCAACUUGAAGGUCCCGUCGGUCUCCGUCAUAUCCUGCCCGAGGACAAGAUUUUGAUUGAGGAGAUUCAGCAAAAGAAACGAUUGCUUGAGGCCCAAAUUGGAGGGUACCAAAAUCAGCAAAAGCUUUUGUUGAUGAUCAGUGCACGCGCACAAGCUGCUUCAAAGCACCCGAGUCUCGAUGUCAAAGCAAUCUGUGGCUACGAUGAUCGCCUGGCCAUGAACCAGGCAGAGUUCAGUGCCUGGUUAGAGUCAGAGGAGGGACAGAAUGCAUUCUCGACGAACAAACUUGGACCACGAACCGAAGCUACCAAAGGGAUUGGAGCGCAUAUCUUGUACCCCGGCCAAGCUGUCCCUGCGCCUUCAAAAACUGUCGACGAUGCUCUUGACAAUAUCUGUGUCAAGCCUCCGAAGAAAUGCAAGCACCAGAACUGGCGUGAGAUCCACAAUAUGGAUUUUAAGCGUAUGGAAAUCAUUUUGACGGAACAGUUGAACAGGCUUACUGAAAGUGAAGCGGAGAUCAUCGAAGAGGCUGAGACGCGUGAGGCCACUAAAGAUUAUUACGCGGACAACAUCACAAUUCAACUUUUCUAAUCUCAUUCUCAACGAUCGCAACAGAUCUACUAGCCUACCACUUCUGAACUUCUGUGGUUUUAACUUUUCUUGAUAGAUGGGCGGGAUUCUUCCAUGUCCUACAGGAGUCUUCUCACUUCAGGAUUUCCACCUGUUAGUUGUGCAUUAAGAAGUGGCGUGUGUACCAAAAGCAGCUUACAACAAGCUUUGGGAAUAUGACUUGGCGUUGUUGGAUCUGGGUAUUACAUGCAUAUGGAUGAUUGAUGAAGAAUACAAGGCGUACUCGUGAAAGGAAUAUACCCAGAAUUUACAUAGAGAAAAUGUUAAUGAUAUUAUUAUG